GUUGUCUCUGUGAUGCAUUGUUGCAGGAGGCUUAGAUGGAGCUUUCGGAGAUUUGAGGGGACUCCCAGGUUUCACUCGUCCGACGCUUUCCGUGAGGUCCAACCGGCCGAAUUGGCCGGAACGCCUGCAGUCGCAGCCUUCCCCUGAAACGCCAGAGUCUCAUCAGCUCCAAUCCCUGUCCCCCAGGCGGAGGAAGUCAGCUUUGCACGCAAAUGACUAUGUCCCAAAAAUGUUCCCCAUUUCAGAGCAUCAGACAAAAGCCAGCCUGGAGCAGCAGCAGAAGGAGAACGUCCCUGAUGUCAUGCUGGAGCCAGCAGUUUGUGAAAAUGUUGGUUUUUUUGCUCAUCCCCUCGUCACAU